AUGAGCGAGAAGCAGGACAAUCCCCCAUCGUAUGAUGCCAGCACAAACAAAAACGAAGACACUCGUCCGCUGCCAGAUGGAUGGGUGAAGCAAUUUGACAAUAACUAUAAGCAGCACUUUUACGUCGACACUCGUGCGAAUCCUCCACGCUCGACGUGGAUCCAUCCCAUCGAUGAGCAGGGUUCUAGCUACCAGCCUCCUUCAGGCCCACCGCCCGGCCAAAGUGGCCAGCGUUUCCAGCAACCUUAUCCGCAACACCAACCCUAUCCGCAACACCAGCCCUAUCCGCAGCAAAUGUACUCACAGCAACCCCCACAAGUGCAUAUCCACCAGCAGGCACCCAUGAUGGGCGGUGGCAUGGGUGGUUAUGGUGGCUAUGGAGGCAUGGGCGGAUUUGGACGUCCGAUGGGCGGCAUGGGCGGUGGUCUAGGCCCUGGUUUGCUUGGUGGCGGUGUUGGUCUGCUUGGUGGUAUGGCCUUGGCAGAUGGCAUGCAUGAUAUGCAACAUGACGCCUACAUGGACGGCUACCACGAUGGCGAUAUGAAUGGCGAUAUGGGUGGUGGCGAUAUGGGUGGCGAUAUGGGUGGUGGCGAUAUGGGUGGCGAUAUGGGCGGCGACUUUUAA